AUGUACCCGAAUUCAAUCCACUGCGACAUAACUGGAGUUGAUCACAAAAUUGUAACAGCAACACAGAAUGUCGAGGAAUUCCUUACAUGGGUACAGAAAAUGAUUGGCGAAAUGUGCCAAGGAAAACGAAUUUGUGUUUCUUUAGACUGCGAAGGCUUCAAUCUAGGAGCUAUUCCUAACUCAUUAGGAUUAAUUCAGAUAGCUCAAUGCUAUGCAGAUGAUGUUUUCGAUCCAAACGUUGAAACUCCAAUUCCUUUAAAUAUACAACCAGGAUUUAUGGUUAAAAUACCGAAUUGUCCAGAAGUUUACGAUGGUCUAUCAGCUCUUUUAACACAAGAUAACAUAAGAAUAAUAUGUUUCGAUUUUAUUUGUGAUUUCGCUUCAAUGACCGAAGUCGGAAUUAAAAUUAACUUCGAAAAUGCAUUUGAUACCCAGACUUUUGGCUGCAAAGGAACAUAUUUUCCUAACAGAAGCCUCAAAGAAGUUUGCGAAAAUGGAAAUUUAUGUGAAGAAUACGAUCUCUGUAUAGAAGCAAUAAAGCAAAAGAAAUCAUUUGACUUUGCCAAAUUCACGUACGAAUGCCGUAAUGAAAUCGCUCCAUUUGAAAAAAUGCUUUCAGAAGAUUUUUGGAGAUAUUCAUGCCAUGAUAUUGUUCUUACCGCUCUUGCUGGUAUUUCUGCAAUUACAAAAUACGGAACUGAUAAUGUUAUUGAAUAUUCCAAAGAUAAAGCUAAAAAAUUUGAAGAAUUCCAGAAACAGUAUGGAAUCUUAGCUCCUUCCAUUGCCAAAAAUGCUUCAUUUACUGCAUCUCAUGUAGAUCAGCUUAAAAGAAGUUCAAAAUUGAAAUUUGCAUAUUCAAAUUUCUCAAGAGCAUGGUGCAUUGUUCAGGGAUACGACAUGAUGGAUCCAGAUACAAAGAAGAGUCUAAAACAUCCAAAAGAAUAUUUUGUCGAAUGUUGUGAAAAUGCUGCAAAGUUUAUUGAAGAAAACGCACCCAAACAAUAA